ACGAAGAAGAGCUCCAUGACAACAAGAGUGAGCAGAAGUAGAACACAAACAAAGUGUUUGUCGUCAGCAUGUCACAGUUGUGUGUCCUCAACCGUGCUAUUUUGGUGUCGCGGUGUACAGAAAGAUUAAAACAGCGCUCACUUUGGUUUCAACGACAACAAAGACUCCACGUCGAGGGACCGAACCCUGCCGCUGCUGCCUGCAGUAAACGCCGGUCCAAGUCCUGGCUCUGGCUCUGCGGACUCGGUUUGGGCGUCGCUGUUGCGGUUGGACUGAAAACCAACCGAGAAAAGGCGAACGUUCCCUGUGGUGACGGAGAGAAUUUGAGGAUUGGCGGAUAUGAAGCUGCGAUCGAAGCGAGUCGAGAGCUGCUCAAGAGGAUUCAAGUAGGAACACGUGAUGAUGCGGAGGUCGGCGCACCGGGUCUGGUGGUGGGGGUGUCGGUCAAUGGUCACCAGGUCUGGAGUGAAGGGUUUGGCUAUUCCGACUUGGAGAACCGCGUGCCGUGCGGCCCAACAACUGUGAUGAGAAUCGCCAGCAUCAGUAAACCGCUCACCUCCGCCGCUGCUGCACUUCUGUGUGAAGAAGGGAAACUGGACCUGGAUGCUCCGGUCCAGAAAUAUGUGCCGGAGUUUCCUGUGAAGCAGUUUGACGGCCAGGAUGUCACCAUCACCCCCCGUUUGCUUCUGUCCCACCUGAGUGGAAUAAGACAUUACGAGAAGGACGGCAGGAAGGUGAGGGAGAAAGCCAAGCGGCCGCUGAAGCCGCCCGCUCAGGAGACAGAGGAGGAGAAGAGCUCUGCUGAGAGCAAACCGAACACCCAGGAAAACAGUGCUCAGGCGAAGAAAGAGUUUGAACAGGAGGAGUAUUACUUGAAGGACAACUUUGAAAAUGUCAUCCAGGCGCUGGACCUCUUCAAGGACGACCCGCUCAUCUACAAGCCAGGAACCACGUUUCUCUACUCCACUCAUGGCUUCACUCUUCUGAGCGCGGUGAUGGAGCGGGCCUCGGGUCAGCGCUUCCUGGAUCUAAUGAUGAGCAUGUUCUACGAGCUGGGGAUGGACCACACCGUGGCGGAGCAGAACGACCCCAUCAUUUACCAUCGAUCCAGAUUCUAUCACGUCAACAAGAAGGGGCGGGUGGUGAACUGCCCCUACGUGGACAACUCCUACAAGUGGGCUGGGGGUGGCUUCCUGUCCAACGUGGAGGACCUGCUGCUGUUCGGGAACGCGCUUCUCUACAGCUACCAGGUCGCCCAACUGCAGGACCCCAAAAACCUGCUGCCGGGUUUCCUUAAACCCAAAACCAUUCAGGAGCUGUGGGAGGCUGUGGACCGGACCGAGUCCAACUCCAACAAGGAUCAUCUUUACGCUCAAGGCUGGAUGGUCGUGAAGGAGAAGCACAAGUACGGGCAGUGCAAGAGGCGCAGGUGCUUUGUUUCUCACACAGGGGGCGCCGUCGGGGCCAGCAGCGUCCUCCUGGUGUUGCCCACCGAUGAAGCCCUGGACGGACAAACGCUUCCACGCGGAGUGGUGGUCACCAUCCUCAUGAACGUGCAGGGAGUCGGCCUCAAAAGCACUGCCUUCAAAAUCGCCCAUGAGUUCGACAAAAGCAUAUGAGCGUAUGAGCUGUUUUUAACAAUUUAAUUUUCAAGAAAAUGAAUUUCAGUUUUUCCCCAUCCGCCUUUUAAUGGUGUAUUUAUUGAAAGAUCAUUUCACUUGCGCUGUUAUAGGACUUGCCACUAGGGUGAGCCAUAUGAAAAAACAACUUGCCUUUUUUAAAUCAUACUUUUAAAUCCGUCUAAAUCUGUGAAGCGUGUUGCAUAUUCUGCCAUUUAGAACUGGUCCAGUCUGAUUCAUCUUGUCUUCACGUUCCAGCUGCCGCAUUUUUUUAUUUAAUGAAACCUAAUUUUGACUACAGUUUUUGUAAAAUAAAAGCCGUCAUGAAUGAACUACAUGACAACGAUGA